AUGAUGAUGAAGAUUUUCGUCCAGGCACAAGAGGAAGAAGAGAACGAGGAUGGGCGUGCAAACAAAAUCGAUGCAGAUGAGGCAGAACGGCAACGGAAAGCGGAGGAGGAGGAGCGAAAGACAGCAGAGGAGGAGCGACAAAAGAAGGUCAGCGAUCUGUGGGCGCGGAUGAAGAGUAAGCGAGCUGCAACCACUGCAUCUCCUUCUGCCCCCACUCCCUCCACCAGUCAAGUCCUUGCCACUUCUUCUUUGCCAGCUCUCGCAAGCGCCACAGCGCCACCAGAUCUUCCAACACAGAUUGAAACGUCAAAUGGCGACACAGCGCCCAAGAGGAAACGGGAGGAAGAAGCAACACCACCACGACCAGCCACCAUCGGCAGCACAUCAGUGCCAGCCGCGGCCGCUGUUGCAACCGUGGCCGCUGCUGCGGCUGACGUCAGCCCGACGGCCGUCGCCUCACCCUCACCACUCAAGCGGCCACGCACGGGGCUGGGCUCGCUGGUGGCGACACUGACCGGGAAGGGCAAGAAGGCCUCGGUGUUGGACAAGUCCAAGGAGGACUGGGACAAGUUCAAGGAGACCGACGGCAAGGAGUUCGUGCAUGACAUGGAGCAGGCCAAGAAGGACGGGUAUCUGGGUAGAGUGGAGUUCCUGGCGCGGGCCGACGUGAAGCAGUUCGAGAGGGAGCGCGACCUCCGAGCCAAGCGAAGGAAUCCCCUGCUCAAGCGAACCGACGAGUGA